AAGAAGCUGAAGUCAACUGAAAACCAUUGCCCCAGACUGUUGUUAACUUGGCAAGAGAGGGAUGAAGGUGACGCCAGUUCUGGCGGGAAUCUGUCUCUUGACUAUGACCGUACUAAUGAGCUCUGACGCACAGCCACAGCAGACAAGACACAAGAGGCAUGCUGAUGGGAUCCUCACCAGUGAACUCAGCAAGAUGCGCUUACAGAUCGCUGCCAGAGAGUUUCUGAAGAAACUCGGCGUGUCUCGGAGAAGUUAUGAACAGAAUAUCGUGGCUGAUGAGAACGGAAGGAACGUGUUCUGUCUCAACUGGAUCCGCACAAAACUAUUAACUAACAGCCUUUCUGAAACGGAAGUGAAUGAAGCGCAGCUUCUGUGUCCCAUUUUCACUCAGAUGAUGGGCGAUAUGAGACAGAAUGGGCUCCCACUCCACCCCAUCUAGUUAACCAACCGCAAGCAUUCGAUCUGGAGAUGGUGUCAGAGAUGAAAGCAUUUGUGUCAUUCACCAUCUGUCUCCCCUUUAUGAAUCAGUGGGCUGUGGAUUUUGUUGUAUAACUCUACACUAACCUUUCUGUGUAACUGACGCUUAAUGGUCAUGUCAAGGGGAAUAUUCCUGCAAUGUUACUGAAAGAAAACAGUAAAGAUUCUGA